AUGAUGCAAUUCCUGGCAAGGCUCAGGCGACAGUCUGAUACAACCGUCGAUGUUGCUGGGGAUGAGGGAGAUGAAGCGAUCUUGAGGCUCAAGAGUCUGUUGACUGCCGUCGAAACAUCUGAAGCAGCGACAAUUGCCGCUCCACCUGGCACUGCAACGCCAGCGUCCUCCGAAUGGCGAGAUGCUGAGGGAAAAACUGGAUGUGAUGUGCUCGUCGAGAUGUUGGCGCAGUUGAAAGAUCUCAAAAUGGUGGAGAAAGGCGGGGCAGCAAGAACGAUAGCGUCUGAAAUGAUGAAAGAGGAUCCUCGCUACUUCCAGGUGCCAGUGCCAGAUCUUCAAGAUGAUGAAGAAAUGCCGACCCAAGAAAUCAUCCACUUUGGGCGCUAUCAAGGCCAUUUAUCGAACUCUGCGGAUACUCACACCUAUGCCAUGGGCCGCAAGAGCAGCCGCGACGACGGGCACCGGCCCGUGUCACGGGCCUUCUUGCCCGUCCAGCCGCCAUCGACCUCGAAGAGUUUACCACGACCCGGGGCAGGACCUGAUCUGCUCCCGGCGAUCGCAGAUUGGAAGCGUCAGAUCAGUGGUCACUCCAAUGUCUCCUCGAAGUCGCGCUCCGUGUCCGGCCGCUACGACGCCUGCUUUGCGGAUGACUUCAAGAAGGCCUUGCAGCGGAAGGUGACGUUCGAGAUCUCCGAGGUCAAGGCGUCGGGCAGUGUGGCGUCUGACGGCUUGGAAGCCAUCACCAGGAGCCAACCUUUGGCAGCCUUUGAGCCCCGAGAGUUUUGGAAGAGGCAAGGUUCGGCGAAUCCUUUGACAGCCUCGGUGAAGAAUCGGAUGAGCCUCAAGAGCUCCAAUGUCACCUGGAGUCAGCAGGAGCAACGGGCCUCAUGGAGCUCGGUGAUCCCGGGCGGCUGCUCCGUGAACAACAUGGUGGUACACCCCACCAACAAGUUCAAAAGCCUUUGGAGUGUGCUUGGCAUGAUGUUCUUGAUCUUUGACAUCAUUGUGAUUCCCUUGCGCUUCUUCAAUCUGCCUGACUGGUGGUCUUUUGCUGAUGCGAUGAAUGUCGUCACCUUGUGCUACUGGAAUAUGGAUAUUCUCGUCUCCUUCUUCACUGGCUACUACCAUCGAGGCAUUCUGGUCAUGAAGCCCAGGAGGAUUGCGGUCCACUAUUUGAGGACUUGGUUUCUCAUGGACGUGACCGUGGUCACGGUGGAUUGGAUCCUAACUGCUUUGGCCUCGCAGCAAGAGGGCACCGGUGCCGCUGGCGUGGUGCGCUUGUCCAAGACCUUGCGCUUGCUACGCUUCGUGCGGCUCAUGCGGAUGUUUCGGCUCCUACGAGGGAAUACCUUGCUGCAGAGAAUGGAAGAAAACACCUUUUCGCAGGCAACCUUGACACAGUACAACAUCUUGAAAAUUGUUGGCUACAUCAUCCUCCUGCAGCAUGUGAUCGCAUGCCUUUGGUUCUUCGUGGGCACCUCUGAGACCGGCGAGGCCAGCUGGAUCGAGGUCACACAGCUUCGGACGGCCACGGUGCAGUUUCAGUACUUUAGCUGUUUACAUUGGUCUUUCACUCAGCUUGGCGUGGGAAACGUGGAGAUCGACGCCUACAACGUCUUCGAGCGACUCUUCUGCGUUUGCGUGGCCUUGGUCUCCUUGAUCUCCUCCUCCGCCCUGGUCAGUACCAUUACAUCGUUGAUGACGACCCUUGAACAACGCAGGAAUGAUGAGAUGAAUCAGUUCACCCGACUGAGACGGUUCCUCCAGUACAAUGGAAUCUCGGGAGACCUCAAAGAUCGCGUGACGCGGUUUCUGCAGUACGCCUACCAUUCUCAGACCGAAUGUACCUCAGACUCAGAUGUGCCGAUCCUGAAGCUCUUGUCCACGGGCCUACAUGCAGAGCUUCAAUUCUCACGCUACGAAGGGGCCUUGAGCAAGCUCACCUUCUUAAAGUCCUUGAUGGCAAGCAACUUCCAAACCUUUCAAGAGAACAAGGUCCUGCAGAGCUUGGCGGUGAAGGCGCUUCACAUGGUGGAGCUGGCGCAGAAUGACGUGGUGUUUUGCACGGGCGGUAUUGCUGAGUGCAGCUAUUUGGUUCUUAGUGGCCAGUUUUCCUACGUCAAGCUCGCCAAACAGUACCCUGCAGGCGGCCAUCAUUGGAUCGGGGACUAUUGCUUAUGGACGCCGUGGCUUUACAUGGGAGAAUUGUUGGCACGUGAGAUCGGCAGGCUGGUCGCCUUGGAGGCUGAAGCCUUCUGCGAGUGUGUGGGCGCGGUGUGGGAGAUGCGUCAGCAAGCCAUGUUCUUUGCGCAGAUGGUGGUGGAGGAGCUGAACAAUCUGCAGCUCGAGGAUCUGACGGAUGUGAAGAUGGAUGAGGACGAGGAGGAGGAGGUGGAGCCGAAAAGAUCCAGAAGAGAGAGCAAUUUGACUCUGGAGAGCUUGAGUUCAGUGAAAUUCCUCAGGUGCUGCUGUCGAUACCGGAGCAGUGUGGCCACCAGUCGCAGUUCGACACCUUUGAAUUCUGUGAGUCCAGUGAACCCGGGGGUCGACUUCACCCCAAAGCCUUCGGAUGCGAGAUCAGAGGAUUAA